AUGGGAGACUCGCAAGAAAAUAAUAGAGGAAAAAGUAAAGACAAAGAUUAUGUAACUUGGACAAUGGAGGAAACCAAUGAGUUGUUACAUCUCUUGGUGGAUGCUAUGAAUAGGGGGAUGCGUGAUGCUAAUGGAUCACUUAGCAAACAAACUGUAGAACGGUCAAUACUUCCUGACCUAAAUGCUAAGACUAGGUUCCCUAAAACUUAUAGUCACUAUUUGAGUCGGAUGAAGUGGUUUAAGAACCAAUAUAACAUGAUGUCAACACUUAUGCGUCACAACUCUGGUUUUGGAUGGGACUCAAUUACAAAAACUUUCACCGCUACUGAGGAAGUAUGGAAAGAUUACUUAAAGUCACACCAAAGUCACAACAAACUUCGAGGAAAGACUAUGAUUGAUUAUGAGUAUUUAAAGAUUGUUGUUGGGGGUGGAGUUUCUACCGGGAAUAAUUCCAUAGCGGUAGAUCCAGAUGAUACAGAUGCAACAACUUUAGAGCCAGAAAAUGCAGUUGAACCUACGAAUGAGUCUUCAUCCUCAUCUUCAGUGUUACCAAAUCAUGAAGACAAUAAUUAUGAACCCAUUGUUCAAACACAAGAGCAGGAACGAGAAGAUGCAAAUUUAUGGAGGACUAGUAUAGGUUCAGAUAUGUGGAGAAAUGCUACUUAG